CGAGAAGGGUCUCGAUGCAUUGCUAUAUUCUGCUUAGCAUCUCAGCGCCAUGUUUUCGUGGCAAUAUUUUUCCAUAUGAGAGUAUAAAAUAAACUGAACGACUUCGGUUGUUCACCUGCAUUGCGAAAUGUCUGCGCUAAGCUCCUCUUCCAGCAAACUGAAUGUAUUGGUCAACCGGCUUCAUGAGUACUUGGCUCAUUCCAACACUGAUGACGACAAUGACAUGUCUGAGGAUUCCAGUGAUCGGACAAAGAAACACUGCUCUGUGGGAAACUCUUUAAGUCAUUCCACUGCAGAGGCAUGUCUGGAUAGUAGAUACUCCAGAAGGAAACCUUCGGUUGUCAUAAAACACUCAGGCCUGGACGAAUCUGGAGACUCAAAUGCAAGCGAGGACUUUGAAUUUCCUGUCAGUUCUAAUGGUCACAUUGAUGUCACUAGGCUGCCUAAAGGCACAGUGCUGGUCAGACCUGAACCAGUGGACAUUAUGAGAGAUGACUUCAGAGGUCCAGAGUUUCGCAGCCGGAAACCCAACGUACUGCGGAAAGAGUUCUCAAGGAGACGUGGAGGAGAGCAACCUGUGGGAAUUGUGUGUUGUACUGCGUGUGGCCGRCAAGUUAACCACUUCCGGAAGGAUUCACUUUAUCGACAUCCAGUUCUGAAAGUACUUAUUUGCAAGGCUUGUUACAAUUAUUAUUCAAGUGAUGACAUCAGCAAGGACGGAGAUGGAAUGGACGAGCAGUGCAGAUGGUGUGCUGAAGGUGGAAACUUAAUCUGUUGUGACUACUGCAGCAAUGCUUUCUGCAAGAAAUGCAUUCUGAGAAACCUGGGGAGGAAGGAACUAUCUGGCAUCCUGGAGAGCAAGUGGUACUGUUACGUGUGCAGUCCAGAGCCUCUUUUUGACCUGGUGAUGGCUUGCGACAGCGUUCUAGAGAACAUAGAUCGCCUAUGGUGUCAACAGAGAAAGAAGAACCGAGUUGAGCCGGGUAAAGCACAACUGUACCACAUGUCGCCACACCUGCCGCAGAAUAUUUCUYUGGAUAAAUGGGAUCACAGUGGAAUGGAUGGAAAUGUGGUCUUCAACUACAACACUCUGCAAGUUUCCAAGGACAUUACCAAAAAGGCCAAACAUCUGGUGGACUCGACAAAUACCUUAAACAAAACAUUUCUURGUUUAAUUCAAGAAAUAACAACAUCAAAGAAAACACCAGGAGUUCGCAUUAUGUAUUUGAAGUCAUUUGUGGCAGUUGUUAAAGGCUUGCGGAAGUCUCUCGCAGCCCUGGAGGACAGCUUAAAGGAAGAAUUUAGUGACUUGAAUCUGUUGUGCAACUGGGAAAAGCUGUUCAGCAAUGAUACUGAAUCUGAUGUAGCAGCAGGAGAUGUUGAGCUGGAUAUCUCUGAUGGAAGAUGCUUGCGYGAAUUGCAGAAACUGGCAACGGAGCAUUUUGAAGAUAAUGAUUCUGACUGCAAGGGAAACGUACACAGGCCUACUUCGACUGACUGCUCCAGGAAGAACAUGGAUGCAGAUUUGAAAGAAGCUAGAUGUCGAGCACAAAAGAUCGGUCUGAAYCCUUCUGCAAAUCAAGCUGAUGUGGUUAAAAAACUGGUAGUACAGCUUACACCUGUAGCCAUGGAGCAGGAGCCGUYGUCGCAUGCUCCAAAGUUAGAGGAGGAUUUCCAGAAGGAAAAUAAAGCAAAGGGAGAACAUGCAUCAGAAGCUGAGGAAACUAGGGCUUUAAGUCCUAAAGCUGACAGCAARAUGAGCAGUGACUGCUCAAGUGCUCCUCUCUUCCUAGAAGAGGAACAAGGCAAUAGACGAUCUCCUCGUGUGAAGACGACUCCUCUGCGCCGACCAAGUGACGUCAAGGCCAAAACUCCUCUUUCUGCAGGCGACAGUGACAGCGACUCCGAAGCUGAGGGGACGCCGGACACAGUAACAGCRACAAACAAAGAACAAAAUUUGAUUGGAGAAAGAGACGACUCUGAUUCGGAUGAGGUCCCUGCUGCCCUGCUCGAACGAGCUGCUAUGCCGCAAAGCUCAGACGAACCUCAGAGUGAUGAUGAAAGGGGUCAAGCAUCGUCAAACAAAGUGGCCAAGAAAUGUCUGUUUUGGCUCACCAAGAACAGCCCCAUGUCACCAGAGAAGAUGCGGCGAAAGCGCAAGUUGCUCGACCGCUCCUCUGAGUCCGAAUCAAGCAACAGGCUGAUCAUAAACACGCAGCAGGAAAGUGAGACGGAUUCCUCCAGCGACGAAGACUCCCAGAAGAAAAUACAACACUUGAGUACAGUGAGGUCAAUAGGGAAGCCUCACCUUGUCAAAAGAGAAGAGGAAGGUGUGACUAGAAAGCAGAGAAGACUGCAAGCUGGCAAGUCUAAAGCAGAACCUCAUCAGGAAGCAUCUGAUUCUUCAUCCUCAUUUAGCGAUGAUGACGAUGACUCUGKGAGUGAUGGAAGUGUUCAGAAGAUGAAGCCGAUCACAGAAAACGUGUCCUCACUUGGACUAGCAGCAUUCCACCAAUCAUCAGGGGAUGAAGAGCUGUCCGGGCCCUCAUGGGCAGCAGAAGAUGAUGAUGAUCCAGAAAAUAGAAUCGCUAAGAAAAUGCUGUUGGCCCAAAUUAAAGCCAACUUCUCCUCGGAUGGUGACAUUUCUUCGGAUGAUGAAACAAAGGAGGAUGAGUCUGAGUCAGAAGUCGAUGACGACAAACAAGGUGAUGAAGAUAAUGAAACGAAUCAAAACGGAGAGGAAAUUGCUUCAGAAUCAUCAGAUAGUGCGUCUGACGACCCCAAACUCAGACACCAUCUUCUCCGCCACAAACUCACAUUAGACAAGGAAACAACAGGCAACAAGGCAGAGCCUGAAAAUGAAGCAGGACAGCAGAAAACUCAAAGAAAAGCAAAGAGGAAACAGCUGUUUUCUGAUUGUGAAAAUAGUGCAAACAGUUGUGAAGAUGGAAUGAGCGAGGAGCUGAGCGAGUCAGAGGUUGAGACUGAUGAAUGUGAACUGCAGAGCCUUAAUUCAGAAACAAAUGAAGACGAAGCGACGUCUAGUCACAGAGAGAAGAAUGAAGUGCAGUGCAUUUGGCUGUCUGACACCAGCAGUGAGCAGAGUAACAAAGAGGAUUCAAAUGAGGGAGAAAACAGCCAAACCAAGGGMACCCCAAAAGGCCGCAAAAAGAUCCGUAAAAUUAUGGAGGACGAGGACCUGCGUGCUGAGACCCAGGAAGCCCUCAAGGAGGAGGAGGAGAGACGCAAGCGUUUGGCUAGCAGAGACCAACAGAUGGAGGACAGGAAAGAGGUAAUAGGGGAUGAGGAAUCUCAGUCUUGUCUUGUCACGACCAAGCUGGUCCUGGAUAAGGAUGAGGAGACCAAGAUGCCACUUGUUCAGGUGCACAGGAACCUGGUUACACAGCUGAAACCUCACCAGGUGGACGGUGUCCAGUUCAUCUGGGACAGCUGCUGUGAGUCUGUGAGGAAGGCCAACUCCUCUCCUGGAUCUGGCUGCAUUCUGGCACACUGCAUGGGACUGGGAAAGACUCUGCAGGUGGUAGCAUUUCUUCAUACGGUGCUGCUCUCAUCAAAGCUGAACUUCAAAACAGCCUUGGUCGUGUGUCCGCUUAAUACCAUCCUCAACUGGGUCAGUGAGUUCAAGAAAUGGCAAGACAACAUAGAAGAUGAUAAAGUCAAGGUUACCGAGGUGGCUACGUUAAAGACUCUCCCGGAGCGACUCAGCGCUCUGCGGAAGUGGCAGAGAAACGGAGGUGUGCUGAUAAUCGGGUACGACAUGUACCGCAUCCUGUCUCAAGGCCAUAAAAUCGAAAACGACGAGGAGAAGGAAUUGUUAAAGAGCACAUUAGUGGAUCCAGGUCCGGACUUUGUGGUUUGUGACGAGGGGCACAUCCUUCGCAAUGAAGCCUCCAGGAUCUCCAAAGCUAUGAACACCAUCAAGACCCAAAGAAGGGUGGUGCUAACGGGUACACCACUUCAAAACAACCUUGUUGAGUACCACUGCAUGGUGAGUUUCAUCAAAAAGAAUCUGCUGGGCUCCCUGCACGAAUUUCGGAACCGCUUCAUUAACCCCAUCCAGAACGGCCAGUGUGCCGACUCCACUCCGAAAGAUGUCAGGGUCAUGAAGAAGAGGGCACACGUGCUUCAUGAAGUGUUGGCUGGUUGUGUGCAGAGAAGAGAUUACUCUGAGUUGACUCAGUUUCUGCCUCCCAAACACGAGUAUGUGCUGACAGUGAGGAUCACCCCCCUUCAGUACAAAUUAUACCGUCACUACCUCGACUGCGUCUCAGCUGGGGGAGCUGAAGUUAGCACAACAAAGGUGAGGACCGGUGCAAACCUCUUUAAAGAUUUCCAGAUUCUUGGCCGAAUCUGGACUCACCCGUGGUGCCUUAAGCUCAGCGACCUCAGCAAAGAAAACAAGCAGAGACAUUUGGAUGAGAGGAAUCAAUUUAAGGCAGCAGCUCAGCUGAUGAAUGUAGAGACGAUUGUGGCUAAGAGCAGACUCAAAGACGAAGGAAAAGUAGUGACCAACAGCGAAAACGGCACAAUGACUGUCGAUGCCCCCAAAGAUGAACGAGUGGUUGAAGGGAGGAAAUCAGCAAACAGUUUGAAUUCUCAGACAGCAGGUAAGGCCUGGUACAAGAACUUUCUGUCGGAAAGCGAUUCUAAAAUCCUGGAACAUUCGGGGAAAAUGAUGCUGUUAUUCGAGAUCCUUCAAAUGGCCCAAGACCUGGAGGAUAAAGUGCUCGUCUUCAGUCAGUCUUUAAUCACGUUGAACCUAAUUGAGGCUUUCCUUGCGGCUUCUCACCGUGCCAGAGACCCAUCAAAAUUAGCGGGCAGCUGGAUUAAGAAUGUAGAUUAUUAUCGGCUGGACGGCUCCACCACCGCUCCGUUGAGGAAGAGAUGGGCAGAGAAGUUCAACAACACUGCCAACGUUCGUGGCAGGUUGUUUCUCAUCUCAACAAGAGCCGGGUCGCUCGGCAUCAACCUCGUUGCCGCCAACAGGGUCAUCAUCUUUGACGCGUCUUGGAAUCCAUCGUAUGACAUACAGAGCAUUUACAGAGUGUAUCGCUUCGGUCAGCUCAAACAGGUGUUUGUGUACCGCUUCUUGGCGCAGGGCACGAUGGAGGAGAAGAUCUAUGACCGACAGGUGACCAAACAGUCCCUGUCCUCCCGCGUGGUAGAUCAGCAGCAGAUUGAGAGACACUUCACUCUGAAUGAGCUGACUGAACUCUACACAUUUGAACCAGAUCUGCUCGAUGACCCGAACUCCAAGAAGAGCAGGCGGCCCACACCUAUUUUACCGAAGGACAGUAUCCUGGCACAGCUGUUGCAAACCUGUAAAGAUCAGAUCAUAUCCUACCACGAGCACGAGUCUCUGCUGGACCAUAAAGAAGAGGAGGAGCUCAGCGAGGCGGAGCGCAGAGCUGCGUGGGCUGAGUUUGAAGCCGAGUCAAACACAGCCAGCCUCCCAGUCAGCUCCCCCAAAGACUCUUUGGAUAAACACACUAAUGAAAAGCUGCUGCAAAUGUUGAACAAAUGCAGAGCACAAGUUUCGCUUGCGUUCUCGACUCUGCAGAAGAUGAGGUCUUACACUAUUGAGGAGUACAAGCAACGACUGCAACAACAGUAUCCUCUYCUGCCGGAGCUGGAGCUGCAGAUGAAGGCUGGGUACUGGAAACAGUGUGACGAUAAGAGGCGAGACGUUACCCAAGCCUAUUACCAAGAGGCUCUGACGCAGCAACAAUCACUCACACUCAGAAUUCAGGCCCUCCUCAACAAGCGAAGGAAACUUGUGAUUCCCACAAAUGUCAGGACUACAACCCAGCCUGGACAGACGGGAUAAAAGUUUAAGCCUUAAUGUAAAACAUAUGUUUACAGUAAAGUGGCCUUAUUUAGUCUCUGCUGCAUUAGAGAAAGAUGUCACAUGAUAGUUUUUGUUGUUCUGUGCACUUUAUUAAUAGAUACGAGAAAAACAGUACACAGAUUGUUUUUAUUGCUGCAUUUCUUUGAUACCUAACAUGUUUGCAACUGAAUUAAUAUGUUCUGUUUUUCUAAUAAAUUAAUCUGGAGCAUAA